UCUUUUUUUUAAUAAUAAUAAUUUGCAAAAAAGAAGCACUAGAAGUCUAGAACUAGAGAGGAGAAAGAAAUCAUAGAGAAGAAGAUUGGAGGGAACAAACAAACAAAUUCAUGAAACGAAUUAAGCGAUUAAUUUAAGCGAAAAAAACUCAGAAUCGCGUUUGAAUCAAUUCCACGGUAGUUAAAAGUUGAUGAUCUUAUUCCUGUAACUGUCACCAUGCCCAAAAUGAAGCAUCUACUUCGAAAGCUUCACAUCGGUGGUGGCGCCACCGGAACCGGAGCCGCGGCAUUACCACUUUCUCAUUCCGAUUCUCACACUCCUCUUCCUCCUUCUUCUUCUACAUCUCUCAGUCCUUCUCCAUCUCCUUCACCUUCUCCUUCUCCAACCGUUGUUAAUGUUAACAAUUCUCGAAACGACGCCGAUAUAGGUGUCAGCGUCAACGAUUUUAAUCUUUUGCAGGAAGAAGAGUUUCAGGUUCAAUUGGCUCUUGCUAUCAGUGCUUCUGAUUCCGAUCCUCAUGAUGUUGAUGAAUCUGCUCAGAUCGAUGCUGCUAAACAGAUCAGUCUUGGUUAUUCUGCUUCGAUUACGGAUACUCCUGCAAUUGUUCAGUUUCAAUCGCUUCGUUAUUGGAAUUACAACGUCAUUGCUUAUGACGAGAAAGUGAUGGAUGGGUUUUAUGAUGUCUAUGGGAUCGACGCAAGUUUAAUUGAGCGGGGAAAGAUGCCAUUGCUGGUGGAUCUGAAAACUGUUCCCACCUCACGAAAUGUUGAUUAUGAAGUAAUCUCAGUGAACCGCAUUGUUGAUGUUCAGCUAUGUCAGCUUGAGAAAAAAGCCUGUGCCUUGUUUGAAGAGUGUUCUGUUUCUGAACUAGGACUGUUUUUGAGUGGCUUAAUCCAGAGACUUGCUGAUGUUGUUGUUAAUAGAAUGGGUGGACCGGUCAGCAGUGCUGAUAAAAUCACGACAAAGUGGGCUUUGAGGAGUCGUGAAUUGCGAGAUUCUUUAAGAACUGUCGUUCUUCCUCUUGGCUGUCUAGAUGUUGGACUUUCACGUCACCGAGCCCUACUUUUUAAGGUACUUGCUGAUAGGAUUAAUAUUCCCUGCAUGCUUGUAAAAGGGAGCUAUUACACAGGAACUGAUGAUGGGGCCGUGAAUUUGAUUAAAGCUGAUGAUGGAAGUGAAUACAUUAUUGAUAUGAUGGGUGCUCCUGGUACUCUUAUUCCUGCUGAGGUGCCCAGCAGUCAGAUCCAAAACUAUGGUUUUGCUGGUAGGGAUUUCGCAGAGAUUGCAGGACAACCUAGCAACUUAUAUCCAAUGCUUGGUAAUGAAACUGAUGUUCUGGGACUAUUGUCUGAUUGUACCGUAGGGAGGGUCCAGACAAAAGAAUUAGUAGAAAUUAGCAGUCAAACAAAACCAGAUGAAAUGGAUCGUGUUAAGGUAAAUGAAGCAGGGAGAUAUAAUCAUACAGCAGCGUAUGAAUGCUCAUCACAUCCAGAGUCAUCACAUGCAGAAAACAUGCAUGUAAAAAAUGUCUCCCAGUAUGUUCUCAGUGCCGCAAAGAAUCCAGAGUUUGCCUCAAAACUGCACUCUAUUCUAUUAGAAAGCGGUGCAUCACCUCCUUCUGAUCUUUUUUCAGAUAUGAAUUCCCGAGAUAGGGGUUUAGAUACUGUUCAAGCUGAUCAAAAUAGGCUGUUAUUAAGUUAUGAUAAGUCUCUCAUACUCCCUAAAGGAGUGGGCCCUGCUGGUGGUAAUACUAGGUUAUAUCAAUUGGCUGACCAGUUAUCCAAACAGCAAAAAGAAUUACACACUGAUGCCACUGAAUAUUAUGAUUCUUCUCAGAGUAGUACAAGGAAUGCCUUUGCAACUGUUUCCGGUAAAGAUAGUGAUAUAGAGCAAUCUAAUCCAUUAAUUGUUGACUUCACUUCUUUUAAUACAUGUAAAGAAAAGUGUCCCGAGUCUUCCUUGCCCAAGGCAUCCCUUUCUUGCAAAAGGCAUAAUGGUGUUGAAUGUUUUUGUGAUGAUGACGAAAGUGGUCCUAGAAAUGAGGCUGGAGCUUCUUUGAAUAACAUUGAACUUGGAAAUGAUUCAGUCAUUCAAAUAAACGAGACAGUCGGUGGAGAUUGCAUCAUAUACGAUGACAGUAAAAGCAAGAAAGUUCACCCAAUACUCGGGGAAGACACCCAAUGGGAAGUUCAGUGGGAGGAUCUUCGCAUUGGCGAGCGUAUCGGUAUUGGUUCUUACGGUGAAGUUUACCGUGCUGAUUGCAAUGGCACCGAAGUUGCUGUAAAGAAGUUUCUAGACCAAGAUGUCUCUGGUGAUGCACUAGAUCAGUUCAAAUCGGAAAUUGAGAUUAUGCUAAGGCUGCGGCAUCCUAAUGUUGUGCUCUUCAUGGGAGCAAUCACUCGUCCUCCAAAUUUCUCUAUAUUGACAGAGUUUCUUCCUAGAGGCAGUUUAUAUAGGCUGUUGCAUCGUCCCAAUCUUGUACUUGAUGAGAAGAGACGGUUGCGUAUGGCUCUUGAUGUGGCUAAGGGAAUGAAUUACUUGCACACCAGCCAUCCUCCCGUUGUCCAUCGAGAUUUAAAGACUCCAAACCUUCUUGUUGACAGACAUUGGGUUGUAAAGGUCUGUGAUUUUGGUCUGUCACGUAUGAAGCACCAUACAUAUUUGUCAUCAAAGUCGUGUGCUGGAACGCCUGAGUGGAUGGCGCCAGAAGUCUUACGGAACGAGCCUGCCAAUGAGAAGUGUGAUGUAUAUAGUUUUGGUGUGAUCUUGUGGGAGUUAACUACCACGAAAAUCCCAUGGCAUGGUCUGAACCCAAUGCAGGUUGUUGGAGCUGUUGGAUUCCAAAAUAAACGUCUUGAAAUUCCAGAAGAAAUGGAUCCAGUAGUAGCUCAAAUUAUACGUGAUUGCUGGCAAACGGAGCCACACUUGCGACCAUCCUUCUCACAACUGAUGUCCCGUCUUUAUCGUCUUCGCCAAUUGGUUGUCCGUAAAACGGGCUCUACACAAUAAAUAUUGUCCAUAUAACAUAGCUAUUGUAAUAAUACCAGAAAUUGUUCCUUGGUUCAAAGAACUAGAGCAGUUGAAGGUAUGUUUUCAUCGAUAACAUAUUAAAGUGUCGGUUCAUUCAAAGUUGGGACUGGACGCAACCGGUUCAUAAAUGAACACGGUCCCUCCCCAAUAUCUGCAUAAAUGCAGUGGAGGUUUAUUUAGAGUAGGAACAAUUGUAGAAUCCCCAAAGGAGAAGAAAACAAACAAAAAAAGAAAGAAAGGUACAAAAUUAUUCUUUGCCUGCAGAGGUCUUAUUUGAAAAUUGUGAUCAUGCGAUCUCUUAUGUUAUUUGUGAAAGUGUAAAAAGAACAAAAUCAAAAACAGAAAUGAGAAGAAAGAAAUGUAUAAA